UGGGACCGGUAGCAAGUACCUGAAAGUGGUUGUUAACUGUUGUUUAUAAUUUUAUAUUACUAGUGAACUUCGAUGGCAACGAUGAAUGCGAAACUCUUUUACGACUUACAUAGCGUUAAAACUUUAAUAGUUCGACGUUGGAGCCCGAUUACAAAAUUUUCGAGUAAUAUUAAUAAAAAAUGUAGGAGAGACGCUCACUCAACGAUUGAUCCAAAUGAUUUAUUCCAAGCCAAUCCUAAAAUACUGAGAGAUUUCUGGGAUGCCGAAGGAACAUUUAAACCCCUUCAUAGUUGGAACUACCGUCGGGUACCUUAUAUCAGAGACAGUCUAGUAGAAGUAGCGCCUGGUGAGAAAUUUUCUACAUGUCUAAAAGGAAAGAAAAUCCUUGACGUUGGUUGUGGACCAGGACUGCUCUCAGAGGCUUUAGCUAAACUUGGCGCCGAAGUUACUGGAGUAGAUACAAACAGAGAAUUGAUUGAAAUGGCGCAAAACCAUAGUUCUAAAAACAAACGCUUGGCUGACAACCUGCCUUCUUAUAUUUGGAGUGAUAUAGAGGAACACAGUAUUGCCUGUGCUGAAAAGUACGACGCUAUUGUAGUGUCUGAAGUGAUAGAGCAUGUUUCUGAAAAGGAAUUGUUCGUAGAAUCGUGUGUACGCGCCGCGAAACCGGGUGGAAAACUUUUCUUUACUACGCCUAGUAGGACACGUUUCGCACAGUUCUUGAUGAUAUUUAUUUUUGAAGAUGUUAUGCGCAAUUUUCCAAAGGGCGCGCAUCAAUAUGAUAAGUUUAUGAGGCCUAGCGAACUCCAGUACAUGUUAGAAAUGAAUGACUGCUUUGUGGAAUCAACGAAAGGCUACUUUUAUUACCCGUGGGGGAACAAUUGGGAGUGGACUAAAUCUAAAAUAUUUAGCUUUGCUAUUGAGGCGGUUAAAUCUACAUAAGUAUUAACUUAUUGCCGAAUGAAUAAAACUACUAUCGUUAUAGUAUCCGAGUUCCGACUGCAUGGAAUUUCUGUUAUACAAGUAUUUUGUAUUUAUUUCCCUGCUUUGUUUAUCUGCGUGCCAUAUGUAUUUUAAAUGCGUUCAG